GGACUUUGAAGCGAAGACCAUCUCCAGGACGGACACGAUACAUUCAGCAAGGAUGAGGAGAGAGGCAACAUACCUCUGGUCUGCAAUGGCUGUCCUUGUGAUAGCUGUUGGCUGCUUUGGAUCAGCAGAACCAGACCCGUGCGAGCAGUACUCUACCCUGUCAGAGCCGUGGAGGAAUGCUGACAUGGCCCGGUCCAGGGACGACUCUGCUCUGCAAGAGGGCUGGUUCCGCUUCAGUGGGGUAGGGGGUGACGUGCUGGAUGGCGUCUGCAUGGACGCACGAUCUCCACCGAAGGGAGACCAGCUCCUGGGUCUCAGGACCAAUUCAUAUGGAAGCGUUCGUGGCACGACAAAUCUGGCGCUGUAUGUUAAGAACUCAACUGGGUGCACUCGAGUAAGACACGUGAAGGUGAAAAUGUGCAAGCGAGACUCUGUGUACUACUUUGUGCACUGGCUCAAACCCACAGCAGUCAACCAAAGCUACUCCACACGUCACCUUUUCUGCAGGGAAAGAUCUUGUGGUGAACAUGCCGAGUGUGGUGAGAAUGGGGCCUGUGUGUGCCAGUCUGGAUAUGCCAUCCCUCAGGGUCACAUCCCAUCAGGAGACAACUACGGAUGCUCAGAACCAGACCCGUGUGAGCAGUACUCUACCCUGUCAGAGCCGUGGAGAAACGCUGACAUGGCCCGGUCCAGGGACGACUCUGCUCUGCAAGAGGGCUGGUUCCGCUUCAGUGGGGUAGGGGGUGACGUGCUGGAUGGCGUCUGCAUGGACGCACGAUCUCCACCGAAGGGAGACCAGCUCCUGGGUCUCAGGACCAAUUCAUAUGGAAGCGUUCGUGGCACGACAAAUCUGGCGCUGUAUGUUAAGAACUCAACUGGGUGCACUCGAGUAAGACACGUGAAGGUGAAAAUGUGCAAGCGAGACUCUGUGUACUACUUUGUGCACUGGCUCAAACCCACAGCAGUCAACCAAAGCUACUCCACACGUCACCUUUUCUGCGGGGAAAGAUCUUGUGGUGAACAUGCCAAGUGUGGUGAGAAUGGAGCCUGUAUGUGCCAGUCUGGAUAUGCCAUCCCUCAGGGUCACAUCCCAACAGGAGACAACUACGGAUGCUCAGAACCAGACCCGUGUGAGCAGUACUCUACCCUGUCAGAGCCGUGGAGGAACGCUGACAUGUCCCGGUCCAGGGACGACUCUGCUCUGCAAGAGGGCUGGUUCCGCUUCAGUGGGGUAGGGGGUGACGUGCUGGAUGGCGUCUGCAUGGACGCACGAUCUUCACCGGAGGGAGACCAGCUCCUGGGUCUCAGGACCAAUUCAUAUGGAAGCUUUCGUGGCACGACAAAUCUGGCGCUGUAUGUUAAGAACUCAACUGGGUGCACUCGAGUAAGACACGUGAAGGUGAAAAUGUGCAAGCGAGACUCUGUGUACUACUUUGUGCACUGGCUCAAACCCACAGCAGUCAACCAAAGCUACUCCACACGUCACCUUUUCUGCAGGGAAAGAUCUUGUGGUGAACAUGCCGAGUGUGGUGAGAAUGGGGCCUGUGUGUGCCAGUCUGGAUAUGCCAUCCCUCAGGGUCACAUCCCAACAGGAGACAACUACGGAUGCUCAGGUCAGACACAGAUGGACAGGACACACACUCCUAUUUUACACUAA